AUGAAACACCCUUUAGAAGAUCGUUCUAUCUUCCAGUGUGACAUCAUAGAUGAAACCGUAGCUGAAGUUCACCAGGAAGAGUUUGAAGAUAAGUACAUAGGACAAGGUCUAAGUGUGGGAAAUUCCGAGGACAAUGCAGGUGUAAAUCAUGACACCUGGAAGCUCUCGUUAUUUCCCUUCUCACUAAGGGAUGAAGCUGCACAAUGGCUCGAAACUAUGCCCCAAGGCAGUAUUACCAGUUGGGACGAAUUGGUUACCAAAUUUCUGACCAAAUUCGUCUCAUCCCAACAAAACAUCAAGAUGAAAGAGGGAAUUCAGCCAUUCAUACAAGGAGAGGACGAAUCAUUGUUCAAACCAGGGGAAAGAUACAAGGAAGCAAAUGACAAAGAGGGUUUCUGGGCGUUCUAUGAAGGAUUAACCCCAGAAACAAGGAGAGCAGUGGAUUACGUCUUAGAUAACCUUUUCAAAGCAACAUCAAUUGCCCAAGGAAUUGCAAAGUUCAAUGAUAAGAAAGCCAAUAACCAACAUUCAUCUGAGAUCCCACAGAAUGCAACUCCAGAAAAAGAGAUAAUGAAUCCUGAAGGAAUGAAGAUAGUCAUGAAUCAAAGCAAAUGGCUGCAAAUUCAGACUCAGAGCCAAUUGGAGUCAAUAUCCAGACAAAUUGAUUUUCUCCAUUCUACUGCAGUGAAGGCACAAUUUCCACCAUGGAAACCACAUUCUUAUCUAGGAAUGAAGGAAUCUCAAUGUCAGGAACAAAGGGACUUCAAUUAUAACAACCAAAGUCACUCUAGCAUGCCCCAACACCAGUCUCAGAAUGAUGUGUACAUCCCACCCUGGAGAAUUCAAUCCAACUGGAAGGAAGGAAUUUAUGUUCUAGAAGCACUGAUGGAAAGAUUUAUGAAAAUUCAAGAAAUGAUGGCAAUAGAGCAGGAAGAAAUAAAGAAGCAUCAAGAGAUGAUAAGCAAGAACCAAGAAACUGUACUUAGAAGACUUGAAAGGCAGAUGGAACAACUGGUUCAACACCUUGCUGAACUGAAUGAGAGGAAGGGAAUUUUGAACCCAAAGAGCCAUGAGAAGGAGGCUAGGUUGAAGGAAAGGGAAGUUGUGGAGGAAAGUAAGAAGUCUCAACUUCCAUGA